AUGGAGUUUAAAACUUACAUCCUGUUCGCCGCUGUCAUUAUAGCGUCAUCCCAGGCUGCUCGCGACGCUUCCUGUCCUCGGAUAUGCGGCCCGGCGCUUCAAGGCGAGCCGGUGUGUGCCACCGAUGGUGUUAUAUACCCAUCACUGUGUGAAAUGCGGAAAAAGACUUGUGGAAAGGGUGUAAAGCUGGCCCCGGACCAGAGUGUAUGCUCCCGAGCUCAAGGCAGCAAGUGCGAGAAUCGUUGCACAACAGAACGAGACCCUGUCUGCGGUACCAACGGACGGACCUAUCUGAAUAGAUGCAUGCUCCAAGUUGAGAUUUGCAGAAAAGGCAUCGGUCUUUCCCAUUUGGGAGCGUGUAACAAUAUCAGUGCUCAUCGUGAGAACUGUCCCGUGGAUUGCUCUCAAGCUCCUUUGGAUGGACCCGUCUGUGGUUCUGAUGGCAACGUCUAUAAGAGCACCUGUCAGAUGAAGCUCUUAACAUGCGGACAAGGUGUAGUUAAAACGAGCAAGAAGCAUUGUCAGACGACCCGUCACUGCAGAGAGUCUUGUUGGCGUUCCUCACGACCUACAUGUGGUUCUGAUGGAAAACUUUACGCUAACGCUUGUAGGAUGAAGGCUACAAACUGUGGUAAGCACGUAUUCGAAGUGCCGAUGUCUUUCUGCGUGUCACAAGAGAGGACGUCCGGUGCUGACGCCUGUCCCACAGACUGCUCUGGACAACCGGAAAAGUUGGUAUGCGGCGCCGAUGAGAACGUGUAUAGGAACGAGUGUGAAAUGAAGAUGCUUAACUGCGGCAUCAGCAACAGAAAAGUAAUUAAGAAGGUGGAUAUGGAGAAAUGCAAAUCUAAAAUGAGCAAAUGUAUGAAAGUAAAGUGUCCUACCGAAGAAGACCCGGUCUGUGGAACCGACGCAACUGUUUAUAAAAAUCCUUGCGCUUUGAAAGUUGCCACCUGUCUUAAAGGGGUGCAACUAGCUCACUUCGGCAACUGUACUGUUCUGCCGCGAAUGGAGACCGAUUGUCCUGACAACUGCGAUAAUGCUCUCGAGCAACCAGUCUGUGGUUCCGAUGGAAAUGUUUACAAGUCUGAGUGUGAGCUUCGUAAGCUCACCUGUGGACAGCACGUGGUUUCGGUCUCAGAGUCCCAUUGCCGUACAACUGCGCUAUGUCACGAGCGGUGCCCCGACACGCCUGCCUUUGUUUGCGGUUCGGACAAUCGCUUCUAUAAGAAUGAAUGCGUUAUGAAAAAAGAAAAUUGCGGGAAACACAUAUAUGUAGUACCGUUGAAGCGUUGUCUAUCUCGCUUCCAAUACUCUGGCUGUGCUCGUGUCUGCCCUCCCGAAUACGAUCCGGUCUGUGGCACCGACGAUAAGACUUACUCAAAUAAUUGCUUCCUCGAAAUGGAAAACUGCAGAUCAAGAAGUCUUGUUCAAUUCAAACAUUUGGGAACAUGCACUGAACCCAUCGCAGAAGAACCGAAAAAUUAUCUCUACCGAUAA